UUGUUGGUUUUUUUGUUUUUUCUUAGAGCAUAAAUCUUAUCCAUUCAUCCAGAACUACUCUAUGUUCAGGAUGAUUUGGAUUUAUCAGACUUUUUCUUUCAUUUUCUUACUUGCUUCUGUUGAAAGUGAAUGUGUGACUCAGAUCUGAAAUACAUACUUCCAAGGAGGAGACCUCACCACGGUUUUUACACCAAAUGCCAAUUAUUGCCAGGUGGUGUGUACUUAUCAUCCUACCUGUCUGCUUUUCACCUAUUUGCCAGUGGGGUGGACUAAAGAUCCUGCAAAAAGGUUUUCCUGCUACUUAAAAGACAGUGAUACAGAAAUGCUGGCCAAAAGUGGGUAUGGAAGGAGCCUGUUUCCGGAACAUUCCUUAAAACAGUGUGACAUCCAAAUUAGUGCUUGCAGCCCAGAUGUUCACAUAGGACUGGAUAUGGAAGGGGAAAUUUAUGAUAUUACUGUGGCUGACAGCUAUCAAAUGUGCCAGAAAAGGUGUACUAAUGACAAGCAUUGCCAUUUUUUUACCUAUGCCUCAGAAAUGUUUCACAAUGCAAGCUUUUGUAAAAAAUGCUUCUUGAAACAUACCAGUGUAGGAACUCCAACCAGCAUAAGGGUCCUUGAUGGGGUUGUGUCUGGAUUCUCUUUAAAGCCAUGCCAGCUUUCUGAAAUAGAUUGUCAAAUGGACAUUUUUGAAGAUCAAGAAUUCUCAGGAACGAAUAUUACAAGUUUUUUCACUCCCGAUAUCUCUGUCUGCCAAACUAUUUGUACAUAUUUUCCAAAGUGCUUGUUCUUUACAUUCUUUACCAAGGAAUGGCAAAUAGAAUCCCAAAGAAAUCUUUGCCUUUUGAAGACAUCAACAAGUGGGAUACCAGAGGCACUUGUAUCACAAGAAAAUGCUGUAUCAGGCUUUGGUCUCCUAAACUGCAGAAGAUCCUUUCCGGCCUGCAAUUCUCGCAUUUACGUGCAUAUGGAUUUUUUGGGACAUGAACUCAAUGUCACUUACGCCAAAGGACAUAGGGCCUGUCAGCAGCUUUGCACAGACAUGAUCCGCUGCCAAUUUUUUACCUACUUUCCACUCCAAGAUUCAUGCAAUGAGGAAAGAAAGUGUGAGUGCCACCUAAGAAUGUCCUCAAAUGGAUCUCCAGUGAAAAUAGUACACGGUCCAGGAAGAAUCUCUGGAUACUCACUAAGACUAUGUAAAAAAAAAGCCAGUACUGUUUUAAAUUAUUUCUGCAGUGUGCAUGCAGCAGGAACUAUUCGAAUUAUUGGAGGGACAGACUCCUCCCCUGGGGAAUGGCCCUGGCAGGUCAGCUUGCAUGUGAAGCUGUCUCGCCGGAGACACCUCUGCGGGGGCUCUAUCAUCAGCAGCCUCUGGAUUCUUACAGCUGCUCACUGUGUCAUCAGCCUUGAGAAUCCCAACAUUUGGCGUGUUUAUGCUGGUAUUUUAAAACAAUCAGAAAUAAAUGAGGAUACACCCUUCUUCAAGGUGGAAGAGAUUAUUGUUCACCCUCAGUAUAAAUAUGCACAGACUGGAUAUGACAUUGCUUUAUUGAAACUUGAUAAGCCUAUGAAUUUCACUGAUCUUCAACUACCUAUUUGCCUGCCAUCAAAAGAAGACACUAAUGUACUUUAUAAUGACUGCUGGAUAACUGGAUGGGUACAGUAAAGAAAAAGAGGUCGUGUAGGAGAUAUUCUUCAGAAGGCUACUGUUCCCCUCAUGUCAAAAGAAGAAUGCCAGGCAAGGUACCGGAAGCACAGAAUAGGUGACAAAGUGAUCUGUGCUGGAUACGAUGAAGGUGGAAGGGAUGCUUGUAAGGGAGAUUCAGGGCCGCUAUCAUGCAAGCACGAGGAGGUGUGGUACCGUGGCAUCACCAGCUGGGGUAAGGGCUCGCCCCCCAGGCAGCCAGGUGUCUACACAAAAGUUGCUGAAUACUCCAGGACGGAUUCUAAAAAGAACUAACUAGCAUGAGAGUAACCUGCUGUCUCAAAGUGACGUCGUGAAAUAAUAACCCUAGGAGCAAUGGGAUGAAGUGUAGUAGCACUUUUUAAAUGCUGUUUCUGUUAGCCUGUAAUGCAAUAAGACUUGAUUAAAAAAAAAACAGGAGAAAAGCAGGAAUGAGUGACAUUUGCUAUGACUAAAUAAAAAGCCAUAAUACAAAUAAACCCCGUGGUCACUGAUUUGGCAGAGAAAAAAAAAAAUGUCUGAACCAUUGACUUCUUCUGUUCUUGCUAGCAUAAAAUGCAAAUGGAUGAUGCUGGAGGGAGUGUAUGGACCUCUGGAACUGCUUCUGACUUCUGAGGUUUGGACACAGCAAUGAAGAGUUCUUUCCCUUGUCGCCAUUGGGUUGAAAUGGGCCAACCAGUUAGAAAAUUGCUGAGGGGCUUGGGUAAGGAAGCUUAGGAAGGGAGAGCCUAGAUAGUUGUAUAAACUUUUUCCUCAGGGAAUUAGCUGAAAAAAUGUUGGUACUGAGCUAAAGAACAAAACCAGAGGCCUCAGCAAGUUUUUUGGUAACAAUUUUCCAAGUGGUAACAGCGCUGUCUUUCACUUACAUUAUUCUAA